AUGUCAUCGGGAAAACACGUCGUCGUCAUUCCUUUCCCGUUCGGCGGCCAAGCUUGGGCCCUCGUCAAUCUGGUCCUCAAGCUUGCCCCAGCCGCCCCGGAUGUCCGUUUCUCUUUCUUGAACAUAGCCAAGUCUAACAGCCUCAUCUUCCCUCCGCCGUUGAGAGCCAAGCUACCCAGCAACGUCCAAGUCUAUGAAGUCAACGACGGCUUGCCAGACGGCCACUGCGGGCCGAUGGAGCAUUCGGGAGAACACGUGGAGUUGUUCUUGAAAGCAGCGCCUGAUAAUUUUAAAGCAGCUGUUGACGUCGCGGAGCAAGAUGUGAGGAAGAAGGUGAGUUGUUUUCUGACCGAUGCUCUCGUGAUUUUUGCAGGCGAAAUGGCAGAGAAAAUGCAGGUUCCCUGGGUAGCCCUCUGGGUCCCCACUCCGUAUUGUUUAGCGGCGCACGUGUACAUUGACGUCAUAAGUGAGCUCCAUCGUGAAUCCUCCGGUGGUGGCACCUCCACUGACAACGACAAUGACGACGACAAGAGCCUCGGAGUAAUUCCGGGAUUAUCUAUGAUGCACAUUUCAGAUCUACCUAAGGAGCUAAUCGAUGAUCAUGAUACAUCAAGGAGUGCAUGCAUGCUGCGCGAGGUGGGGCGUGUGCUCCCACGUGGCGCCACCGCUGUCGUCAUGAACUCUUACGCAGAAGUGACCCCAACACCUCUGAUAGCAGACCUGAAAUCCAAGUUCAAGAUGCUCCUCCAAGUGGGGUGCCUCGCGGUGUCAUUCCCCCCGCUGCCGCUGCCGUCGAGCUCCACCUCUGACACUACCGGUUGCUUGACGUGGCUUGAUGCCAGAGACCCUCGGUCUGUGGCGUACAUAUGCUUCGGGACGGUGGCAAUGCCAUCGCCAAGUGAGGUAUCGGCUAUUGGGGAAGCCUUAGAAUCUACUAAGACCCCAUUUCUAUGGUCCAUCAAGGAACGCGCGAUGGCGUUCUUGCCCAAGGGACUCCAAGAGCGAACGAGCGCGUACGGGAAAUUUGUCCCAUGGGCUCCACAGGCCCAGGUGUUGAGCCACUUGGCGUGUGGGGUUUAUGUGACGCACGGCGGGUACAACUCGAUGUUUGAGAGCGUGGUGGGCGGUGUGCCGAUGGUAUGCAAGCCAUUCUGGGCGGACAACAUGAUGAAUGGGAGGGUGAUAGAGGAAGUGUGGGGGAUUGGAGUGAAAGUAAAAGGUGGGACCAUAACCAAGAGUGGGAUGGAGAAGGCACUGGAGGUGGUGUUGAGGGGUGAGGAUGGGAAGGAAAUGAGGAAGAAGGCUGGUGAGUUGAGGGAGAGAUUGGUGAAGGCUGCGGGGCCUAAUGGGAUUGCUGAGGCUGAUUUCAAGGUCCUUGUGAAGCUCAUCUCCACUUGAUGAAGCGCAUCGUGCACUAGGGCCAAUUUGUAGCAGAUUCUAAUCGAUCUACUGAGUGAUGUGUCUCAAAUUGCUAUUGGUCAUGAAAGACCCUCUACUUGCUUAAGGUCU